AUGUCAGGCCCAAAGGGUAUUGAUGAUUUUCAAGAUAUGUUGCCUAUGAUGGCCAGUAAUCUGGGUGGGGAGGGUCUGAUAAAAGAGCUAUGUAAUGGGUUUCGGCUGUUGAUGGACAGAGACAAGGGGGUCAUCACUUUCGAGAGCUUGAAGAAGAACUCUGCUUUUCUGGGGUUGCAGGAUCUGAGAGACGAUGAGCUUUUGAGUAUGGUGAGAGAAGGUGAUAUUAAUGGUGAUGGGGCUCUUGAUCAAAUGGAGUUUUGUGUAUUGAUGUUCAGAUUGAGUCCAGAGUUGAUGCAGGAGUCUGAGGCUUGUGUUGAACACGCUCUGCAACAAGAAAUCAUGACUUCUUGGUUUGAUAGGAACUGA